AUGCGCGCCUUCGAGCGCAGGGUGGGGUGCGGCGACCACCCCGCAGUGUCCGACGCGCUGGAGCUGAUGCAUCUGCUGAAGGCGCAGGGACCAAGCUUGGGUAUCGAUCCCAGCUUGUGGGUGUCGUCCAAGCUCGACAGGAAGCUCCGCUACCAGCUGGAGGACCCCCUGAGCGUGGUGAGCGGCACGCUGCCCAGGUGGGCCAUGGUCCUGCCGCGCCUCUGCCCCUUCCUGUUCAACCUGAAGACGCGGAAGAUGCUCCUAAAGUACACCGCCUUCGGCCCGUCCUUUGCCGUGCACUGGACGCAGGAGAGCAAGGUGGGCUCCUUCCUGCGCCGGCGUGCGACGGUGCAGACGGAGCUGAACUCGCAGAACGACCCGCGCAAGAUUCAGGAGCUGUCGCAGGAGCUGUCCAAUAUCGAGGAGACGACCACGUGGUCAAGUCGAACUUCUGGCUGGGCACGCUGCAGAGCACCUUGGUGCGCAUGA